AUGCCCACCUUCCUCGACAAGCUGCCCAAGCUGCAGGCGCUGACACUGGCGUGCAAGCCAGAGCCAGGCGAGUACCUGGCUCGCCUCACGUCUCUUACCCUGGAGCCUGGCGUCUGGUCCAACAUACUCGACCUGGAAACGAUGGGAGGUGUGCCUGCCGCCUCACUGGCAAGCGCCACCGGCCUGCGCCGGCUGGAGCUCAACACGACGGUCGAUGACGACGACCUGCAGGAGGUGCUGCCCUGCAGGCUGAGGAACGCCCAUGUGCUGAAUGAACUGCCUGGCCUGACCAGCCUGUUGCUGGAUGAGGUUGGCGGCACCUCGCUGCCUCCCGAGGGCAGCUACCUGUCCAGCCUGCGCUCCCUGAAGAUCCGAGGCUUCCACACAGCCACGCUGGCGCCGGGGCUGUCUGCCGCCACCGGGAUGACAGCACUGUCCAUUGUCAACCCUCGCAUGAGCGUGGAUGUCGUGUGGGAGCAGCUGGCCACCCUGCUGCCGCGCUGGCCGCUGCUCAAGGAGAUGCUGCUGCAUGAGCAUGACGACCUCAACUUGCUGGCAGUCAGCAUGCUUGCCGGGGACAUGCUCGAGGACAUGCACACCUGA